AUGCCUAGUAACUAUUCUGAGAAAAUUAGAAAGGUUUCGAAGAAUUUGAAUCUGCAUUUUGAGCGAUUGGUGACGGUGGGCCUGGGGAAAGAGCUACUGAGAUUGACCUCGUUGCAGUCUCCAAUCGAAGUUGGCACCUGGGGCAAAGAAAAAAAGAGAAUGAAAGAAAAGGAAGUUGGAGAUGACGGCAAGAGAGAAGAGAACCCACCCGUGCAAGUCGAAGCACCUAGUAGCUCGAUGAUAAACUUGGCUCGGUUUAGGCAGAUCAAGCAGAAACUAACUAGCUUCAAAAUAAAGCCCAUAAGAAGAAAUGUGCCUCCAGCACUCAUGAUGAGGUCAAGAACUUCUACUAAGUUGAAGCUAAGGUACGUCGCAGAGCACAUGACUGACAGCGACAUUAGCAAUGUGGUCGUAAGAAGUGGUGCCAACCAAAAGAUGAUGGAAGACCCCUUUGGUGGACCUCCAAGUGACCGUGACCCGCUAAAAUAG